AUGGUUUCAGGACCGAGAGGCCGUAUUCAAGAUUUAGCUCGUAUGCCGGAAAAUCAGCAAGGUGUUCCGCUGAAUACUCAGAAUGAGCAAGGUGUUCCACUGAAUACUCAGAAUGAGCGAGGUGUUCCGCUGAAUACUCAGAAUGAGCGAGGUGUUCCGCUGAAUACUCAGGAUGAGCGAGGUGUUCCGCUAAAUACUCAGGAUGAGCGAGGUGUUCCGCUAAAUACUCAGAAUGAGCGAGGUGUUCCGCUGAAUACUCAGAAUGAGCGAGGUGUUCCGCUAAAUACUCAGAAUGAGCGAGGUGUUCCGCUGAAUACUCAGAAUGAGCGAGGUGUUCCGCUGAAUACUCAGAAUGAGCGAGGUGUUCCGUUGAAUACUCAGAAUGAGCAAGGUGUUCCACUGAAUACUCAGAAUGAGCAAGGUGUUCCACUGAAUACUCAGAAUGAGCGAGGUGUUCCGUUGAAUACUCAGAAUGAGCAAGGUGUUCCACUGAAUACUCAGAAUGAUCGAGGUGUUCCACUGAAUACUCAGAAUGAGCGAGGUGUUCCGCUGAAUACUCAGAAUGAGCGAGGUGUUCCGUUAAAUACUCAGAAUGAGCAAGGUGUUCCGCUGAAUACUCAGAAUGAGCGAGGUGUUCCGCUAAAUACUCAGGAUGAGCGAGGAGUUCCGCUAAAUUCUCAGAAUGAGCGAGGUGUUCCGCUGAAUACUCAGAAUGAGCAAGGUGUUCCACUGAAUACUCAGAAUGAGCGAGGUGUUCCGCUGAAUACUCAGAAUGAGCGAGGUGUUCCGUUGAAUACUCAGAAUGAGCGAGGUGUUCCGUUGAAUACUCAGAAUGAGCGAGGUGUUCCGUUGAAUACUCAGAAUGAGCGAGGUGUUCUGCUGAAUACUCAGAAUGAGCAAGGUGUUCCGCUGAAUACUCAGAAUGAACGAGGUGUUCCGUUGAAUACUCAGAAUGAGCGAGGUGUUCCGCUGAAUACUCAGAAUGAGCGAGGUGUUCCGCUGAAUACUCAGAAUGAGCGAGGUGUUCCGUUGAAUACUCAGAAUGAGCAAGGUGUUCCACUGAAUACUCAGAAUGAGCGAGGUGUUCCGCUGAAUACUCAGAAUGAGCGAGGUGUUCCGUUGAAUACUCAGAAUGAGCGAAGUGUUCCGUUGAAUACUCAGAAUGAGCGAGGUGUUCCGCUGAAUACUCAGAAUGAGCAAGGUGUUCCGCUGAAUACUCAGAAUGAGCGAGGUGUUCCGCUGAAUACUCAGAAUGAGCGAGGUGUUCCGCUGAAUACUCAGAAUGAGCGAGGUGUUCCGCUGAAUACUCAGAAUGAGCGAGGUGUUCCGCUGGAUACUCAGAAUGAGCGAGGUGUUCCGCUGGAUACUCAGAAUGAGCGAGGUGUUCCGCUAAAUACUCAGAAUGAGCGAGGUGUUCCGCUGAAUACUCAGAAUGAGCGAGGUGUUCCGCUGAAUACUCAGAAUGAGCGAGGUGUUCCGUUAAGGAAAAACUCCCUCUUAGUUCUCGACUCCAAACAAGAGCUUCUUGGAGGACUCCAGAUAUAA